AGGUCUCAGUUUCAGGUUUCAGGUCAGAAAGUUCGUAUCUCAUAGUAACAAUAAACAUGGAGAACGGGCAAGGAGAGACAGUUCUUAAAACAGAGACUCAAACAGAAAAUAAAACAGAGGUUGUAGACGAAACUAAAAUAAAUGAUGCCAAUGUCGAGGUUAAAGACGAGAAGCCGGUUUCUGAGGAACAUUCCCCAAAAGUAAAAUCUGAGGAACCAUCUAGCGAACUGUUAGAAAAAAUAAAAAAUCAAAUCGAGUUUUACUUUGGAGAUGUGAAUAUGCAAAGAGAUAAAUAUCUUAAUGAGCAAACAAAUUUGGACGAAGGAUGGGUUCCUAUGACUAUUAUGUUAAAUUUCAAAUUGUUGGCCUCUAUGAGUCAAGAUAUCGAUGUUAUAUUAGAAGCCAUAAAAUCAAGUGAACUUAUGGAGAUAUCCGAAGAUAGAAAAAAGAUUCGUCGUUCUCCAAAGCAUCCUUUGCCAGUAUAUGAUGAAGAAUAUAGGAAGGCACGGGAGGCCAAGACAGUUUACUUAAAAGGAUUUCCUAUGCAGGACACCACUAUUGAAAAGCUUAUAACAUUUUUCAGUGCUUAUGAACCAUUUGUUAAUAUCGUUAUGAGGAAGUAUAUGGAUAAAGAGAAGAAGUUACAGUUUAAAGGUUCUAUUUUCGUGCAGUUCAAAACUCUAGAGGAUGCAAAAGCCUUUAUGGCUAGAGAAUCUGUAAAAUAUGGAGACACUGAAUUAAUUAAGAUGUGGUCAUCUGACUAUUAUGAAUCUAAAAUACAGGAAAGGGAGGAUAGGAGACAAAAAAGAUCAGAAAAGAAACCAAACAGAAGUGCAUCUAUUGUUAUGGAAUAUAAGAAAAUAAUAUUUGAAACUAAAGAGCAAGAAAGCGCCGCCAAGAUAAAUCAAUUUCCAAAGGGUUGUAUGAUUUAUUUUACUAAUGUACCUGAUGAAUGUCUAAGAGAAGAUAUUAAGGAAAGUCUAGGUGAAUUAGGUGCGAAUGUUGCAUAUGUUGACUUUCAUAAAGGUAAUGCUGCGGGAUAUGCUCGAUUGGAAGGAGAAAAUGACGCAAAAACAGUAAUCGACAAAAUGCAUGAAAGUAAACUAUCUGUACGUGGUAAAGAUGUAACCUGUUGUGUGCUUGAGGGUGAAGAAGAAGAAAAAUAUUUUUUGAAAGUGAAAAAACAUAUGACAAUUGCUAAUCUAAGAAAGAGAAGCAAAAAAGGCCGUAACACACAAGUAGCAACUAAGAGACAUAUGAGUGACAGCAGUGAUGCGGUUCCUGCUAAAAAAGGGAAUAAUUCGUUUGAAUAAUUCGGAGAUACCAUUUAUCUCGGAGAAACCAAAAUUUGUAUAAUUAUUCAACUAAACAUGUAUAUUAAUCAUAUUUUUAUUAUACAGAUACUUAUCGUAUAAAAUAAGAAAAGAUAGAUGUUACACUACUAUAUAUUCAAGAUAGAUGUUACACUACUAUAUAUUCAAGAUAGAUAAAACUAUUUUAGCGCAUAUUCUUUCGUUAUGCUUCGAGCAGUAUGUAUUAUUUAAAAAGAUAAAAGUACAACACGUUUAUAUUUGUAAA